AUGGACAACACCCGCAGCUCUCAGCAAGCCCCGGGCCUGGACCUUUCCUCCCCGCUGUCCAAUCCUACCCUUUGCAGGGCUGACUCUUCCCAGCACCCCUUCCCCAAGGUUACACUCCGGCCCCGCCCCAAGCUGGACCAGGCGAGCCUCAUCCGGGUCAUUAGUGGCCUGGGCACUUUUCCUGGGGAGCACCUGCUAACCGCUGCAGUGGCCCAUCUCUGGGUCUCACCUCACAGGUUACCGGAGACCACGGUGGUCUACCCUGCAGAUGUGGUCCUGUUUGAGGGCAUCUUGGUGUUCUACAGCCAGGAGGUCCGCGACAUGUUUCACCUGCGCCUCUUCGUGGACACGGACUCCGACGUCAGGCUGUCGCGAAGAGUUCUCCGGGACGUGCACCGCGGGAGGGAUCUGGAGCAGAUUCUGACCCAGUACACCACCUUUGUGAAGCCGGCCUUCGAGGAGUUCUGCCUGCCGACGAAGAAGUAUGCCGACGUGAUCAUCCCCCGAGGGGUGGACAACAUGGUGGCCAUCAACCUGAUUGUGCAGCACAUCCAGGACAUCCUGAGCGGCGACAUCUGCAAGUGGCACCGAGGGUCCAAUGGGCGGAGCUACAAGAGGACAUUUCCCGAGCCGGGAGACCAUCCCGCGGUGCUGACCUCCGGCAAGCGAUCGCACUUGGAGUCCAGCAGCAGACCCCACUGA